GUCAAUACUUUUUAAUCCGCCAUAUUGGUGGUAAAUUUAAUAAAAAACACAAUAUUUGUGUUAUUCUCCCCGGACCGAACAAAUUAAAUUUCCCGAGAAAAAAUAAAACAAACAAAAGCGGAAAAGCCAUAAUAGCCAUCAACGGCGUUGGUUGGCUCCUCGUAAUCAUCGGGAGAGGAAUCCAACUUCGAGACGGGAGCGGAGAACAAACGUCUCACCUUCCUAUUGGUUGGAGAUAACCGAGUCGGCCAAUUCCCCUGCUAUAAAUUGAACCCUUAACUUCCCCUUUCUUCACCACAAUUCAAUCUCAAACAACCUAUCCUCCUAAUCAAAUUUCUGAUUCAGAGCUUUCCUCUCAGUCUCUCAAGGUAAAGGAUCUUGAAUCUCUCUCUUUUCUGUUCUUUAUGUUUCUCUUGGAAUUCUGGUUUCUCGUAUAUUAGGUGAAAAAAGCCUUCGAUCGGGAAGCAUUCUGGAUAUUGGAAUUAGGGUUUCUUCGUGCUGUUUGUUUGAUCGUAUAUCGUAUUCAAUCAGAUUAUCGGACAAAAUUAUGGAUUUCUGAGUUACGUAUUUUCGUUCUGUUUAUUUGAUCGUAUGUUGAACUUACUCGUGCUGUCAAUUAUGCUUUGCUUGAUCGUUUAUCCGAUAAUUCUUUGAUUCUGGUAAUUUUGUUGGCGUACUGCUGAGUUAGGUUGGUUCUCUUUGUCUGAUCGUAUUCAAUCAGAUAAUCGGGGUGAAAAUAUGGAUUUUUGAGUUACGAUUCUUCAUUCUGUUUAUUUGAUCGUACAUUGAAUUUACUCUUGCUGCCAAUUACCCUUUUGUUGAUCUUUGAUAAGAUAGUUCUUCAAUUCUGGUAAUUUUGUUAGCGGAUUGCUGAAUUAGGGUUCUCCGAGUUUACAGAUGCAGAUCUUUGUUAAGACACUCACCGGGAAGACUAUCACUCUCGAGGUCGAGAGCAGCGACACCAUCGACAACGUUAAGGCGAAGAUUCAGGAUAAGGAGGGGAUCCCUCCGGACCAGCAGAGGCUGAUCUUUGCCGGCAAGCAGCUGGAAGACGGGAGGACCUUGGCUGAUUACAACAUCCAGAAGGAGUCGACCCUUCACCUGGUUCUCCGUCUGCGUGGAGGCAUGCAGAUCUUCGUCAAGACCUUGACCGGAAAGACCAUUACUUUGGAGGUGGAGAGCUCCGACACCAUUGACAACGUCAAGGCGAAGAUCCAGGACAAGGAGGGAAUCCCUCCUGAUCAGCAAAGGCUCAUCUUCGCUGGUAAGCAGCUCGAGGAUGGCAGAACCCUCGCUGACUACAACAUCCAGAAGGAGUCGACUCUCCAUCUCGUUCUGAGGCUGAGGGGAGGCAUGCAAAUCUUUGUGAAAACUCUGACUGGGAAGACCAUCACUUUGGAGGUUGAGAGCUCUGACACCAUUGACAAUGUCAAGGCUAAGAUUCAGGACAAGGAGGGCAUCCCACCAGACCAGCAGAGGCUAAUCUUUGCAGGAAAGCAGCUCGAGGAUGGGCGAACUCUGGCCGAUUAUAACAUUCAGAAGGAGUCAACUCUCCAUCUGGUGCUGCGGCUUAGGGGAGGAAUGCAAAUCUUCGUCAAGACUCUUACUGGAAAGACCAUCACGUUGGAGGUGGAGAGCAGUGACACCAUUGAUAAUGUGAAGGCCAAAAUUCAGGAUAAAGAGGGUAUCCCGCCAGACCAGCAGAGGCUGAUCUUCGCUGGCAAGCAGCUUGAAGAUGGAAGGACUUUGGCGGACUAUAACAUUCAGAAGGAGUCCACCCUCCACCUUGUCCUGCGUCUGCGUGGUGGCUUCUAAAGUGGCGUUGUUUGUUCGGUGUUACUGUGGAUGUUGUCUGAAGGUUGUUGGAUUUAUUGUCGGAUAUUUGAAGUAUGUUUUUUAAGUUUCUUGUGUUCGUGAGGUAGCCUGGUUGCUUGUGAAGUUUCAA